AUGGAAGACCACCAGCAGUACGAGGUAGACCCCUCGCAGGUGGUCAAAAAUGAUCCCAAAGGCUCUUCAGACAGCAAUUGGGUCGUGCAAAAGUUUGGAGGCACUAGUGUUGGGAAAUUCGCUUUGAAUAUUAUUGACCAAGUGGUAUUACCGAGUCUUUUGGAACAUCGUGUGGCUAUAGUCUGCUCGGCGCGAAGUAGUUCGACCAAAGCUGCAGGUACUACGAACCGUUUGUUGCGAGCAGCGCGAGACGCAGAGGACGCUCUAUCACAACAAUAUGCCUCCCUUGUUGAGGCAGUCCGUCUGGAACAUAUUCAGGUUGUCGACGACCAAAUUCAUUCCAGUGUGCUCAAAUCGCGGCUUGUGUCAGAAAUACAUAACGAAUGCGACAAAGUUCUCAGAGUCCUGGAAGCUGCACAGACAUUGGGGGAAAUUAGUGCACGAUGCGUGGAUAAAGUAAUCAGCACGGGAGAGAAACUGAGCUGCCGGCUUAUGGCAGCUUAUCUUCAAGACCGAGGCGUGGAUUCGCAGUAUGUGGACCUGGCUGAGAUCAUUGAUUUUCCAAUCUCGAACCAAGGCCUCGACCAGGAAUUCUACAACAAUCUCGCCGCCGCCCUCGGCAGAAAAAUUCGAGCUUGUGAGAAUAAAGUCCCAGUUGUGACUGGCUUUUUUGGAACUGUGCCUGGGGGUCUCCUCGAUCAGAUCGGCCGUGGCUACACCGAUCUCUGUGCUGCUCUCGUUGCCGUUGGAAUAAAUGCCAAGGAACUGCAAGUAUGGAAGGAGGUUGAUGGAAUAUUUACUGCAGACCCUCGAAAGGUGCCCACCGCCCGUCUUUUGCCUGCAAUCACGCCAGCCGAGGCAGCUGAGUUGACAUUCUAUGGCUCUGAAGUGAUACACCCCUUCACCAUGGAGCAAGUCAUCCGGGCCAAGAUCCCGAUUCGCAUAAAGAACGUUAUGAACCCUAGAGGGGAUGGCACUGUGAUCUUCCCAGACUCUACCUUUGAACUGGAAAAAACGACACCAGGCCACGACCCCAGACUAUUCCGUACCCGGAGCCCCAGUCUUGUGCAGCGGCCCAAACGUCCAACCGCCGUGACGAUUAAGCACAAGAUAUUGGUAAUUAAUGUACAUUCAAACAAGCGCUCCCUUUCACAUGGAUUUUUUGCCGGAAUAUUUUCCGUCCUUGACCGCUGGAGACUCUCUAUCGAUCUGAUAUCCACGAGCGAGGUCCAUGUGUCAAUGGCUCUUCACUCGGAAAUGCCUCUUCUGAAUGGUGUUGGAAGAGAUGAAUACCAAGUCAUUGAUGAGGAUCUCAAAGGUGCUUUGCGCGAUCUGCAGAAAUAUGGCACAGUUGACAUCAUCCCGGAGAUGGCAAUUCUUAGCCUUGUUGGAAAGCAAAUGAAAAAUAUGAUCGGAGUUGCUGGCCGGAUGUUUUCAACUCUCGGUGAGAAUAAUGUUAAUAUAGAAAUGAUUUCCCAGGGUGCCAGUGAGAUCAACAUCUCAUGUGUUAUUGAAGAGAGAGAUGCUGAUCGUGCUUUAAAUAUUAUUCACACCAGCAUGUUCACAUUUUUAGACUAA